AGUGCGAUUGGCAUUUUUGGCUGCACCUGCACAAAUUUGUUAAAAAAAUUAAAAAAUUAUACAGUUAUAUAUUUAUUUUCGGAUAUAAAUAGUGGGUUUCCUGUACGGUGGCACCACGGUCCUCUUUCUAAAAGCCAACUCAUCACCUUUCCCAAACCCUAGCGCUCUCUCUCUUCCAGAUCUCGUCGGAUUUUUCGCCGAUGUGAUUACGGCAAAACGUUGACCUCCUACGGCAUCAUCCACUUCCCAUUAUCGGAGUUUCCCUUCACCGUCGCAUGAUCGCCGCAAUCCAUGGCUUCCGCAUGUGUUAACAAUGUCGGAAUGUCGCCGGAGAACUUUCUCGACUGUUCUUCUGCUCCUUGCCAUUCCCCCUACGGCUGGCUCAGUCCUCGUAUCUCCUUCAGCCGCGACUUCACGGAUGGCUCCCCCGCCUCCUCUAAGCUCGCCGGAGCUAAAUCUAAGCCUAAGCCUGCGCCUGCGCCUGCCGGUGAGUCCGAGAUUCGAGAUCCGGAUCCUGAACUCUCCGUCUGUGAGUUCGAGUUCCGGCUUCAAGAUCCCGUCGCGAUGAUGCUCCCUGCGGAUGAGCUUUUCCUCGAUGGAAAGCUGGUGCCGCUCCAGCUCUCGUCUGUUAAACCAUCGGUCAACGAGUUUAAAUCCACGAGGUGUGACGAGUUGCCGGAGACUGCUGCUAAAUCCCGCCGGAGAGUUGAGGAGGAAUGCAGUACGGAUCCGUAUCUGUUCUCUCCCAAGGCGCCGAGAUGUUCCAGUCGAUGGAGGGAGCUUUUAGGGCUGAAGAAGGUGUACCAGAGCAGCAGCGCCAAAAAUGAAAAUCACAAAACGACAUCGUCAUCGUCUUACUUCUCGGAAGCGAAUUCGAAGGCGCUGAAGUAUCUUCUUCAUUGGAGUUCGAAAUCGUCGUUGUCUUCUUCCCUCGAUUCCUCGCUGAGCCUUCCACUUUUGAAGGAUUCCGAUAGCGAGUCUGUUUCGCUAUCUUCAUCUCGCGUUUCGCUUUCAUCUUCUUCUUCAGGCCACGAACACGAAGAUCUCCACAGACUCUCACUCGAUUGCGACAACAAGCCGAACUCAAAUCCGAUUUUCCUCCAUAGGAACCCUAACCCGAACGGCACCAAUAAUCCGCCGCGCAUGAGAAUGGUGAAACCGCGGUCUAAAUCAGAGACAACCAAUCCGAGAUCAACCGCGGAUCAUCGAGUAGGACGGAGCCCGAUCCGGCGCACGCAAGGGGAAUCGGCGAGUAGCAGGUUAGGAAUCCGAGGAGUAUCCGUAGACAGUCCCCGAAUGAACUCCUCGGGGAAAAUCGUAUUCCACAACUUGGAGAGAAGCUCGAGCAGUCCGAGUAGCUUCAAUGGCGGACCAAAAUUCAAGCAGAGAGGAAUGGAGCGGUCGUACUCGGCGAACGUGAGAGUGACUCCAGUACUCAACGUUCCAGUCUGUUCUUCCCUGAGAGGAUCCUCGAAAUCCGCCUCCGUCUUCGGAUUCGGGCAGUUGUUCUCCGGCACCGCCGCAAGCAGCAGCAGAAACCACCAGAGUAGCACUAACCGCAGUACACGGCUGGAUCGAACCUAACUUUGGGGAAAAAUCAUUCAUUAGAAAAGGGAUUUUGGGUAACACCCCUUUCUUGGCUUUCUUCUUCUCUCCUUGAUUUUGGCAUAUACUGUCUCCUCCCCCUGUGAAAGAUCGGAUUCAACUGCUAAUUUUUAACACCAAAAAAGAAAAAAAAAAUCCAAAACCACAUCAUGUAAA